UUUUGCUGAACGGGUACAACUCUGGUGCUUCAUUUUCUCUGCGACUGGUCAAGAUGGAAGGGUGUGACUAUGAAGUGUUCUUGAGCUUCAGAGGACCAGACACGCGAACGGGCUUCACCGAUCAUCUCUAUACCCGUCUCACAGAUGCAGGAGUUUGUACCUACAGAGAUGAUGAAGAUCUCCGCAUCGGCGAAGAGAUUGGCCCGGAUCUCCUCGGGGCGAUUGAGCAGUCGAAGAUCUCCGUACCCAUCUUCUCUAAAGGUUAUGAUUCCAGUAAAUGGUGUCUGAAGGAGUUGGUCCAGAUGGUGGAGUGUCGGAAGAGGAAGGAACAGGUAAUCAUGCCCAUUUUCUACUACGUGGAACCAUCCGAGGUUCGAUACCAAACCGGAGGUUAUGGUGAGGCCUUGCUUGUGCACGAAAACAAGAAGCGAGUGGACGAGGAGACCAUCCGCAAGUGGAGAGCUGCUCUCAAUGAGGUUGGAGGGUUAAAGGGAUGGAACAUAGAAAACGUGGCUAACAGGCACGAAGGACAACUAGUUAAACAAGUUGUUACCAGCGUUUUAAAUGAGCUGAAGAAGGCUUAUUUGGUGGUUAGCGACUUCUUGGUUGGUGUUGAUGACCCUGUGAAAGAAGUUCUGGGGAUGAUAGGCACUGAUACCGAUGAUGCAAAGAUCGUGGGAAUCCAUGGAAUGAGUGGUAUUGGAAAAACUACUCUUGCCAAAAUAGUCUACAACAAACUUUCUCGCGACUUUGCUAACUAUUGUUUCCUUGCUGAUGUUAGAGAAACUUCACAUUCAAAAGGAAUUGCGUGGUUGCAGACUCAACUAAUCUCAAACCUCUCAAAACAGGCACAUCCAAGUAACAUUAAUUGUAUUGACGAGGGAAUAAGGACGAUAGAAGAGAGAUUUUCAAGUAAGAAAGUUCUUAUCCUUCUUGAUGAUGUUGAUGAAAAGAUUCAAUUGACUGCACUUUUAGGGAGGCGAGGUUGCUUUGGUCCGGGAAGUAGGAUACUUAUAACAACAGGAAAUGCAAAUGUUUUGCGUGCAUUCGAAGUAAAAUUGACUUAUUUAGUUGGUGUUUUGGAUCCCCAAAAAUCCCUUAAGCUAUUCAGCAAAUAUGUUUUCAGAAGAGAUCACCCUCCAAUUGACAAAAUGGAACAGUCUAGAGAAAUUGUGAAGAUAGCCCAAGGUCUUCCGUUGCUUCUUGAGGUUAUGGGAUCGACUUUAUCAUUAUAUGGACAAAAAGAAGAAAUGUGGAAUGAUUACUUGGUGAAGUGGAGAAAAGGUCCCAUCAAGAGAAUCAGAAGAGUAAAGUCACAUACAUGUGGAGAGACUGUAAUUUUUGCCCAACAGAAGGUCUUGAAGUUCUUCAGUUGA